ACACUUACUCUUGUGUAGCUGGAGCUUCUUUCGUUUUCCCAGGUAGUCUUUUAUAUAGCUGCUAUUUCUCUCUCUGCUCCUCAAACAAGUUUAAGUCUUUAUUUGCUUUUGGUUAAGUUUGUCUUAUUAGUGGAAUUGCUUUUGGUUUGAGACUUGAGUGGCUUUUGGGUUUUGGAUUUUGGAGCUGAAAUCAGCUCAAGUUUCCUUCUUUUGGGAAUCAGAGGGGAAGAAAGUCAAGUCAACUGAAAAGUUAGCGUAAGCUUUUUCUGAAUAAGAAAGCUGAAGAGCCUGUAACUGGCUGCAGAGCAUAUUGGUUCUCUGGAUGCGCUUUCGUUUUUGGGAAAAUGAAUGGAGGAUAUAAAUAAUCCUAUAUCGUCAUAGGCCUAUUACAAUUUUGGAGUGCCUGUAAUUGUGUAAGAAAAUCUUUUGGGCAUUAUGCAUGUCUGGCCCUGCGGCCAUUGACGAUAGCGCGGGAGAAGCACGCUCUUAUGCAGAGAGAACAAAAUCACUUGAUGCCAUUUCCAAAGAAGACAGAGAAUCCAUAUUAAAUAAUGGCGAAGUUGCUCAUACUUCUGAAAUUGCUGCCUUUAGAGUCAGGGAGCUAUUACUUCCAAAUAAGGAAUCCUAUUCGGGGCCGGUGCUUGGAAACAUCCCCGAGGGUAGGGGAAGGUAUGCCUGGUCAGAUGGCUGCAUAUACGAGGGUGAGUGGAGACGGGGGAUGAGACAUGGGAGCGGAAAAAUUAUUUGGCCUUCAGGUGCCAUUUAUGAGGGAGAAUUUUCAGGUGGAUAUAUGCAUGGUACAGGGACUUACAUUGGAUCAGAUAAGAUGACAUAUAAGGGGCGAUGGCGGUUGAAUCUCAAACAUGGUCUGGGGUAUCAAGUUUAUCCUAAUGGAGAUGCCUUUGAAGGCUCUUGGAUCCAGGGAAUGCCCGAAGGGCCUGGAAAGUAUACAUGGGUAAAUGGAAAUGUUUAUCUAGGAAAUAUGAAAGGAGGGAAGAUGUCGGGGAAAGGAACUCUCACUUGGACAAAUGGGGACUCAUUUGAAGGAAGCUGGUUGAAUGGAAUGAUGCAUGGAUUUGGAGUCUACACAUGGAGUGAUGGAGGCUUUUAUGUUGGAACUUGGACCCGGGGUUUAAAGGAUGGUAAAGGGUCAUUUUAUCCAAAAGGCAGCAGACUUCCAGCAGCAGAAGAACUUUACCUAAAUGCUUUGAGGAAAAGAGGGCUCUUACCGGAUUUAAGAAAACAGAACAAUGCACAUAUCCAUCAUGCUACUUCAGUGGAUAUGGGAAAUUCAAAGAUUGGAGAGAGCCAGGGAUCUCAUCGUGUUUCUGCUGAUAAAAUCUCUAACAGAAAUCUGUUAAAUUUGGAGCCGUCUCAUAGAAAUGUUUCCUUGGAAAGGCGUUGGAGCCUUGAGGUAUCUUUUGAAAAAGUGAUUGGACAUGAUUCAUUAGAGGGUGGAGAAAAAGAUGCUGGGACAGGGAUUCCAAUCUUGGAACGAGAAUAUAUGCAAGGUGUCUUAAUCAGCGAGUUAGUACUGAAUAAUAGCUUUACGUCAUCAUCUAGAAGGGCAAAACGGCGACAAAAGAAACUAGCAAAAGUGGUGAAGAGACCUGGUGAAGCAAUCAUUAAAGGUCAUAGGAGCUAUGAUCUAAUGCUCAGUUUGCAGCUUGGUAUAAGGUAUACUGUUGGGAAGAUUACACCUAUACAAAGGAGAGAAGUCCGGGCAUCAGAUUUUGGCCCUCGGGCAAGUUUUUGGAUGAAUUUUCCUAAAGACGGCUCUCAAUUGACACCACCUCAUCAAUCGGUAGAUUUUAGGUGGAAAGACUAUUGCCCAAUGGUCUUCAGGAAUUUAAGGGAGAUGUUCAAGAUUGAUGCUGCUGAUUACAUGAUGUCUAUUUGUGGAAAUGAUGCUCUCAGAGAACUUUCUUCUCCUGGAAAAAGUGGUAGUGUGUUUUUCCUAUCUCAAGAUGAUCGUUUCAUGAUUAAGACACUCCGGAAAUCUGAAGUUAAGGUUCUUCUACGGAUGCUUCCAAGUUAUCAUCAUCACGUAAGGUCAUAUGAGAACACACUCAUCACAAAAUUCUUUGGUCUUCAUAGGAUUAAACCUUCAAGUGGUCAAAAGUUCCGCUUUGUAGUGAUGGGAAACAUGUUCUGCACAGAGUUAAGAAUACAUCGACGAUUUGAUUUGAAAGGUUCGUCCCUUGGUCGUUCUGCAGAUAAGAUUGAAAUUGACGAAAACACAACACUAAAGGACUUGGAUUUAAACUACUCCUUUUAUUUGGAACCUUCUUGGCGAGAGGCUUUGUUGAAUCAGAUUGAGAUUGACAGUAAAUUUCUGGAGGCACAGCACAUUAUGGAUUACAGCCUUCUCAUGGGAGUGCAUUAUAGAGCCCCCCAACAUCUGCGGUCUUUCAUGACCUACAAUAGAAGCACAAUAGCUGAUGGAUUAGAAAUACUCGCAGAGGAAGAGACUCUGGAGGACGAAAUCUCCAAUUACCCUCAAGGCCUUGUUUUAAUCCCUCGUGGAACAGAUGAUGAUAGCGUUGUUGUGGGUCCUCAUGUCAGAGGUAGCCGACUGAGAGCAUCAUCUGCUGGUUAUGAGGAAGUGGAUCUCCUUUUACCCGGUACAGCAAGACUCCAAAUCCAGCUGGGUGUGAACAUGCCAGCAAGGGCAGAGCAGGUUCCUGGGGAGAAGCAGAUAUUUCCUGAAGUUUACGAUGUUGUGCUAUAUCUUGGGAUCAUUGAUAUAUUGCAAGACUACAGCAUGGGCAAGAAGAUUGAACACGCAUACAAAUCUCUUCAGUUUGAUUCCUUGUCCAUCUCUGCCGUGGACCCUACGUUCUAUUCCCAUCGCUUCUUGGAAUUCAUUCGGAAGGUGUUCCCUCCAAAUGCUUUAACAAGAUAAGAAUUUGGUGACCAGUGCAGAAAGAACCCCUCUUCUGAGAGUGAAUGAUAAGGCCUCCUGUUUGCAUGCUUUCGAGCACCAUUUCACAUAAGUGGCCAUAUGGAAUUUUCGGGAGGUGCAUCCGGAGAAGAAACAUCAUCGGUUAUGCCAGCAUGGUGAAGCGGAUGGGAUGGUUGACAAAUUUGAAUUUGUUUCUGUGCCUCUGGCUUUGGUACUUUUGGAGCUGCUGCAGCUUAGUACACGUACUUACAUCCUUUGUGCAAUUGAUUUAUUGUGUUUAAUCGAUCAGAGUUAUCGAACCUAUCUUUGUUUGCA